ACAAGGCCGCUUUCCCUCCACGGCCCAAUACGAGCUCCUCCGCCUUCCUUGGUCGUUUUCAAUGGAGAAACUGGCGAGACUGGUGACCCAAAUAGCCUACACUCCACCUUCGAAGAGGCUGUCCACUCUUUCACCGCUCCAGCUCUCCCUGAUCCCAUUUCUGUCCUUUGCAUCAUCUUUUUUCCGACUAGCAGUUUCCCUACGGCACCGCCUCUACCGAUAUGGGUUCUUCCGCCAGCAAAGGCUACCUGUACCUGUGAUUAGCGUCGGGAAUUUGACUUGGGGAGGCAAUGGCAAGACUCCAAUGGUGGAGUUUCUUGCUCGUUGGCUGGCUGAUUCUGGGAUUCCACCCCUUAUUCUUACUAGGGGCUAUGGUGGUGCAGAUGAAGUUAAGAUGCUUGAGAGGCAUCUUCGGGAGACGCCUGUAAAGAUAGGUGUUGGCGCAAAUAGGGCUGCAAUUGCUGCUACUUUUUUUCAAAGACAUGGUUAUAUGAAUCCUAAAGACAAUAGUACUCGUACUAAUUUGUGUGUGGACCGAAUUGGGGCUGCAGUCUUAGAUGAUGGUAUGCAGCACCUUAACUUGUGGCGUGAUAUAGAGAUUGUAAUGGUGAAUGCAAUGAUGCCCUGGGGCAACCGUCGGUUAGUCCCGCUUGGACCUUUAAGAGAACCUUUUACAGCACUUAACCGAGCAGAUUUUGUUGUAGUCCAUCAUGCAGACCUGGUAUCAGAACAGGAUAUUGAAGCUAUAGAGUCAACAGUUCGGAAAUUUAAUGAAUCGGUUCCCAUAUUCUUCAGCACAUUAGCUCCUCUAUACUUUAUGAAAGCCGGAAACAUAUCCUGCAAAUUAUCUUUGAAGGACAUAUCUAAUGCAAUCAUCUUAUGUGUCUCUGCCAUAGGAUCUGCAGAUUCCUUUGUGCAGAGGAUUAAGAAGAUGGGGCCAAUGCUUGUUGAUAGACUCGACUACAGAGACCACCAUUUGUUUCUACCCGAGGAUAUUGAAAUGAUAAGAAAGAGACUCCAAAAACUUCAAUCUGAGUUUGCCGUGACUCCAAUUGUGGUUGUAACUGAAAAGGACUAUGAUAGAGCUCCCGAGGUUCUUAAACAUCUGAACUAUGAAGUCUUGGUGCUUUGUUCAUCCUUGGAAAUCCUGUCUUCCAAGGGAAGUAAAGAAGAUGGGUUCAAGAAAUGCUUGAGGCAGUGUCUGGAAACAAGAUUGUAGGGUGGAUAUACAAUCUAAUGUUGUUUAUGGAAUGAUAGAUGUUUUGAUGGAUAGAUAUAAUUGCUACAAUUACUUGGUCCUUUAACUUGCAGCUUUAUGUAUGUAGUCUGGCAAACUUCUCAAUAUGCAUGUGAAGUUUGGGCUGUAUCUCUUCUAUAACAUUCAAUAAAUUCAGGUGGUGUUUGGUUGGAGGUUUUUACACCUUAGUAUGGAUAUUUAA